GUUCAUACACUGGCCCUAUUAGUAUGUAAUAUAUCCAUACUAAUUUCAUGAAACUUCAUCAAAGCCUAAAUAACCGCCCCAUGCCGUCCUACCCUCAAAUCCACAUACUACUUGGGAUUAUUUUCUCGAAUCAGGCCGAUAAUCAUGGCGCAAACGGUAAGGCUAGUAUAAAGAAGGUUAGUGCAGCUGUCAUGAAAAACACGCUGAAUCGGGCACGAGUCGUGAAGCGAAAGUCGGAUCAUUGGAGUAUUGCAUGAUCUGAUCAUCGGGCCUUAAUGCCCACGCCGGUUCGAAGCGGCAAUCGGUCAGCCAGUGACCCUGGCCGCUGCGCACAGAUUAUCGAUACGGCAGGUGGAUCACCUGUUAUUUAAGCCCAAAUCCUCAUUCAUUCACACUGAUACAACUCCCCCAUGGGUACUGCCGCGGCGGAUAAUACUUUUGGAGCGUUCUUGAUUGGGGUUGUAAUCUCUGCCGUGCUUUAUGGAGUUACUUGUGUGCAGACAUGGUACUACUUUAGCUGGUAUUUCUCGGAUCCUUGGCACCACAAACUUAUAGUCGGCGCUGUAUUUGUAUCAGACACAACCCAUCAAGCUUUGAUUACACAUGCCUUGUAUACGUACCUUGUCACUGACUUUGGCAACGCCAAUGAUCUCGAGAAAAUUGUGUGGAGUCUAUUGGUUGAAGUUUUGUUCAAUGGCUUCACGGGGUUUAUGGUUCAAAGCUUCCUCGCCAAGCGUGUCUACCAUCUGAGCAACAAGAACGUGAUUAUAACCGCGUCCGUGAUGUCAGUUGUCAUCGCUGAACUUGUCAUUGUUGUCAUAUAUGUUAUAAAAGCUCUCGAGUUGGCGACCUUCACUCAAGUUCGCCAGAUCAAGUCAUUGUCGAUGUCUGUGAAUGCUGUAGCAGCUGCCGUAGAUAUCCUUAUCGCUGUUUUGCUCUGCACAUUCCUCCGACGAUCUCGCACUGGGUUCCGUCGGUCCGAUACUAUGAUAAAGAAGCUCGUGCUGUUCACUAUCAACACUGGUCUACUUACCAGUGUUUGCGCAAUGAUGUCAUUUAUUUCUAUUGUAUUGUGGCCUGAUACCUUCAUAUACAUCGCAUUCUAUUUCUGCGUGGGACGUCUUUACUGCAAUUCCAUGCUGGCAAUCCUCAACGCACGCAAGGGUAUCCGCCGUGAUGGCGAUGCUUGUAACGAGCACAUGUCGACUUUGAUAGAUAGAGCCCUGAGACCUAUCAACAGUCCCAUCAGCUCAUCGCAAAUGGAAAUGCCGAACCACCUUUCAAUUAAGCUAGAUACCACGCAAGGAUGCAUUGAAGAUGAGGACCUCAAAAGGGCGCAGUCAGUUUAAUUGCUAUACUACGGAUGAGAAUCGCCAAAUGCGCCGGCUCUCACUCCUAGAAGAGUAAGCACGCUGUGCCUUUCGCAUACAUUCGGUGGUAUAUUCUUCACUUAGACUUAGUAUGUAUUUUAUCAGAACACACCCGGCAGUCUUCACUUGUCCAUAUUCAAUACAAGCGGUGACCUUCAGUUGUUGCUUUAAAAUUAUUACAAACGCAGACUUUUGUACACUAUAUUUGCACCAAUUUUCUUCGUCUCCUCUAGAAACUUGACGGCUUUUGACACGGGACAUAUGGUUGACCAAUGAGCAAAAGGAUCUGUUCUGAAAUCGAGAACUGUGCGAGAAAGUGAAACCUUGGCAGCCUUUGAGAGUAGUCGCAAAGGAAUCUGUUUGCGUUUCACUGUCCAACA